AGAAUGUUCGAGGAGUAUAUGACGGAGCAAAUCCCAAUAAUUACAAGUAAAGAAAUGGAAAAAGCGAAAGACGAACACUUUGCAGAACGGUGUAAAGACUAUAUUAACGACGCUACAGAAUCUUAUCAAUUUCCAUUGUGGAUGUUGGAUUUCGUCCAAGGUCCUAACCGUAAUUAUACAUCCUGGCCUAUAUACCAUUCACGCGGAUAUUGUUUCCACACGCAUAACCAUGGAGAAGAUAAGAAAACUCAAAAUUACGGUGUCUAUGUUCGUGGAACCACUGACACAGAUUAUUAUGGCUUGAUAGAAGAGAUAAUGAUGAUCCAGUACCAUGGUGCUGUUGGAUUGAAGAUCAUGAUUUUCAAAUGCAGGUGGUUUGACACAACCAUAGGUCGUGGAAUAAGGAAACAUCCAUCCGUAUGUUUCAUUCCUUAUCCACGCGUCCGACACACCGUUGCAAAUGACUGGUGGGCUUGUACAAAAGUUAUGCCCCGCGGUGUUCGUGAGACAGCGGAAGAUGCUCUAAUUGCUCUUCAAGACGAUACACACAAUCACUUUGUCGCACCGAGUACGAUUGUUCGAAUUGAAUCACAUGUUGUGGAAGAUGAUGCCGAUUAUGAUAUUUUACAUGUGGCUCCUCCUAAUGACGAAUACAUUUCUGAAGAAGAAUUGGAAGACUCUUGUGACGAUUCGGAUUCUGAUUCCGAUUCCGAGGUACCUCCUGGAGCUUUACCAAAUGGAACUGUACCACAAGGAGCCACACGAUCUCCAAGCGCUGCGUCUUCACAUGCAAACAACUACAACCAAAGAACUCUUGAUGCAUUGCUGAGUGCUCCUGAAAGAGAAUCCCAGCCACACCUGCACCCAAGGAAGCUUAAUGGAGCUUUAUGUUUGGUAUUGACCCCUCUGUCUACAAAUUCGUUCGCACAACAUGGCAAAGCAAUUUCAUGGGACCGUGGAAGAACUGGUCAGAUGUUCCUGAGGAUAGGCAAGAAACUUGGUGGCACACAUUUGUGCAAGAAGAAGGGGAAGAACAAGAAACCCAAGUACAUUGGCGAAACUGAUUGGGACUUUCUGAUGGAGUAUUGGGAUACAGAACCAGCUCAAAAGAAGAGCAAGUCAGCUGUUGGGUGCCGCAUAUCUGAUCCUCUUAAUAAAGGAAUUCACAAGCAUUGUGCAGGCCCUCGAGCAUUUGCACGGAUUGAGUAUCAAAUGGCAAGUAUGGUUGAGUCUGGUUUGGAUGAACCACCUCCCUUCACAGACCUUGUGAGGAGGACUCACACGCGUAAAGAUGGUACUUUCAUGGACGCUCGUUCGGAGUCUCUUGUACUCGAAGUAGAAGAAGCGGCGAAACAGGUUAUGGAAGAGGAUGAUUCUCUUGAUGACCAGACGGCCUCAUCUGGUGGUCUUCCUUUUCGACUUGUGCUGAACAAAGAAUAUCUCAAGGCAGUGUACAAUACCGGGAAAUCAAUCCAUCCGAGAAAGUGGCUGUUGCUAUGUCUCGCAACCUUGACAAUGAGAUGCGCAUCUAUGGUUUGGAAAAAAAACAAUGAAGCACUCAAGGAAACCAAUGAGGCACUCAAGGAAAACAUGGUGGAGCUGAAGUCUGGCAUGGGCACGGUAAUGGACGAGCUGGCUACAACCCGACUUGCGCUGAAUGCGAUUAUGCAGUCUCUGGGAAUUCAACUUGCUCCAAGUGACGUUAUAGCUCGUGCUGCUGCUGCUGCUGGUCUCCGUUUUGCUGGCUCCACUGUUGGUCGUGAUGGUCCUCCUGCUGCUGGUCGUGACGGUCCUCCUGCUGCUGCGUCUCCUGCUGUGUCUCCUGCUGCUGCGUCUGCUGCUACGUCUGCUGCUGCGUCUCCUGCUGCUACUCCGAUAGACCCUCCUACAAGAACACAACAAGGCAACUUAGAUGCUUGGUGUGCUUCAGCAGAUGGUUAUGCUAUUGUCAAUUCGUGUUAUGGGUUUAUUUGCUUGCAAAAACCUGAAACUAAGAAAAUAUCAAGCCAGUAUCUCUGCAGCCCGUCCGUAAUAUCAAGUCAGUAUGCUAUAUGCAACCCGGUUACUCGCGAGGUCGUAUUGAUUCCAAAACCAAAUCCUUUGGAGGAGGUGGCCGUAAGUGGAUUCCCAAUUGUGUCUGGUUUUGGUUGCAGUCUCGAGAUUGAGUCUAGGGAAUUAGAGAUUUGGGUGAUCCCAAAAUGGGGUGAGCACGGGUCGUGGAAACGACUAUUUUGGAUCAAGCUAUUUCGCGAUGCCCCUACCUGUUUCAAGCCCAUAUGUUUGAUGGAGAAUGGUGAGCUGGUGUUAAUUUGCCAUGACUCGAGUCUUCUUUUCUACAACGUGGCAGAAAGAAAGGUGAGACACUUGAGACAGUUCAGACCGUAUGGAGAUCUUCAAGAAAUCCUACAUGAGCCAAACUUCGGUUCUCUCAAGGAUAUUCUCGGCGUAAAAAAUCUGAGCAUCCGCAACUUCAAGUCGGAAGCUGUACAUGUUGAAGCCAUUUCACUACAAGAAGAUGGUGCAGAUGAUUUGCACAUAAGAGAAUGGUCAUAUACUUUAUUAUCUAGUCGUUACUACGGUUGGGAUUAGAUGGAGAAAAGAUCUCAAGACCGUGUGAUCGGCAGCAUUGCUAAACACUUGUAACUCUUAGUGCCCUGAAUCAGUUUUUUUGAUGUGUGAUUUCUGUGCUCGUUAAAUGUGUUGGAUUAACAGAGCCACCUUUAAAAAUAAGCUAAUAACUAUAGACUAUUAUA